CCGUUUAUCGAUCAUCCCAGCAGUCAUCACGGAGCCCGGGCACGGCAGUGUGCACAGCCGCAGCGGUGUGUCUCCGAACAGUCCGGACCGGAGUUGGUUAACCUGUAGCUGAUAUGUUACGGACCACAAUCGUGCUCAGAGCGGUGCGGUAUACAGAUGUUCGCAGCUGUGGAGGAAGAAUCCGCUAAUCCGGGGUAAUAGUCCGACGUCGGAGCAUCGUUGUAUCAAUGUACUGGAUCUAACGAGCUGCGGCCGGACAGUGGGCGACAUGGCGGAGGAAGCGACUAUCCGCCAGCAGAGCUCGGAGAAUAACUCCGUCAGCAGCAGCGAGUGGGACAUGGCAAAUGAUGUGUUUGUGUCCAGCUACGACGACAGUGCUGCUGCUGAGGACCAGGAUCCAGCGCAGCCCGGCUUGGAGAGACACCUGCCGCUGUUAUCCCAGGAUGGCAUGAUGCUGGGCCUGGCCGGGGAGGAAUACCCGGCCUCAUCUUAUCUGGACUUGGACCUAAACUACACCGAAAGUGAUGGGAACGUCGCCACAAAGAAGCGCAUACGGUCCAACAGCUCCAGGCACCGCGGUGACAUCGUCACGGAGCUGGGGCCAGAGGAGGUCCGCUGGUUUUACAAAGAGGACAAGCGGACCUGGAAGCCAUUCGUCGGGCACGACUCUUUAAAAAUCGAGAUAGUUUAUCGGAGAUUCUGCGAGCAGAUCCCAAACAAGGUCAAACGCCCCGUCGAUCCCACCGGGGCCGAGGGGAAGGAGACGGGCAUGUCCGACGAGGUCGAGUCGGAAAGCGGGGCCGGGGACGAUGGAGGUGUCCGGGCGGAGCCGCCGGUGAAUCGGGGCGGAGGGCAGCGGCGCGCGGCGUCAGACGAGAUGAAGGACCCGGACGACAUCAGCAUCAGUGUGGAGGCAGUGUGUGUCAGAGGGGGGCUCUAUGAAGUGGAUAUCAGAGAGAAGGAAUGCUACCCCGUGUACUGGAACCAGCAAGACCGUAUUCCUGUGAUGAGGGGUCAGUGGUUCAUCGACGGAACGUGGCUUCCCCUGGAGGAGGAUGAGAGUGACCUUAUCGAGUUAGAGCACCUCACUUGUUAUCGGGGGCAACAGAUGAAGGACACCUACGAGAUGGAGGCGGCGACCACCACCGUGGACAGCAAGGAUGGUGAGGACGCUGAGACAGCAAUCCACAGUCUGAAGCUGAGCAGGAGUCAUGUGGACUGGCACAGUGUGGAGGAGGUGUACCUGUACAGCGACGCCACCACCUCCAAGAUCGCACGCAGCGUCACUCAGAAACUGGGCUUCUCCAAAGCCUCGAGCAGUGGGACACGUCUCCAUCGGGGGUACGUGGAGGAGGCAGCACCUGAGGACACCCCACCUGAAACCACACACAUUGUCUUUGUGGUGCAUGGCAUUGGCCAGAAGAUGGAUCAGGGCCGCAUCAUCAGGAAUACCAGCAUGAUGAGAGAUGCUGCCAGGAAGAUGGAGGAGAAGCACUUCUCUGAUCGAACCACAGAGCAUGUAGAGUUCCUUCCUGUGGAGUGGAGGUCAAAACUGGCUUUGGAUGGAGACACGGUGGACUCCAUCACUCCAGACAAGGUGCGAGGUCUUAGAGACAUGCUGAACAGCAGCGCCAUGGACAUCAUGUACUACACCAGCCCUCUGUACAGAGAUGAGAUUAACAGGGGUUUGACUCUGGAGCUGAAUCGUCUCUACUCACUCUUCUGCUCACGCAAUCCAGACUUUGAGAAAAAUGGGAAAGUUUCCAUAGUGUCACAUUCGCUGGGCUGCGUUAUCACCUUUGACAUCAUGACAGGAUGGGACCCUGUGCGCUUUCAUCAUCAAGAAGCGCCAGACCCAGAGGAAACAAAAGCCCGCUGGCCAAGUGACGAAGAGCGCCACCUUCAGGAGCAGUUGAGACUCACACGCCUCAGGUUGAGGGACUUGGAGGAUCAGUUCCAAGGUCUACAGACCUCAUCUUGUGUUGCAGUGCCAGCCUUGAAAUUCAAGGUAGAAAAUUUCUUCUGCAUGGGCUCCCCUCUGGCUGUUUUCUUGGCAUUACGAGGGAUCCGGCCUGGAAACCAUACUGUGCAGGACCACAUCCUCCCUACAUCUAUCUGCAAACGCCUCUUCAACAUAUUCCAUCCCACAGACCCUGUGGCCUACAGAUUGGAGCCUCUGAUCUUAAAACACUACAGUAACAUUACCCCUGUUCAAAUCCACUGGUACAACACCACCAGUCCGACACUGUACGAUCAGAUCAGGCCCACGCUGCUCAACCCCCCGAAGGAGACUGCAUCUGUCUCCGACUCUGAGAGCAUCCCCAGCCCCUGCACCUCUCCGCCUCAGGCCAGAAGGCACUACGGAGAGUCUAUUACCAACCUGGGCAAGGCCAGCAUCAUGGGUGCUGCAAGUCUUGGGAAAGGAAUAGGAGGAAUCCUCUUUUCCCACUUUUCCCGUUCCAGCAGCCAGGUGGGUGGCGUGGAGGAGGAGCCGUCAGACUGCGAGGGGGGAGCUUCUGAAGUGGAAAACAUUGCAUCGGGAGAGGAAGGAGCCACAGUGGUAGACAGUGAAGAGAAGGACAAACAAGUAGAGGAGGAAAGGAGGGAGGUGGAGCCGACCAUGUCUCAGUCCACCUCAGCUGUAAUGGACAGCACCUCGUUGGAAUUGGAGAGGCGCAUCGAUUUCGAGCUACGGGAGGGCCUGGUGGAGAGCCGCUAUUGGUCAGCAGUGACCUCACACACAGCCUAUUGGUGCUCUUAUGAUGUGGCUCUUUUCCUCCUUACCUUCAUGUACAGACCACAGGAACCACUUGAACAUCCAGAAGAUAACCCAGAUGCCUCGUAACAUAAGUGCAGAGUGACGCAUGGAAUCAUUAACACUCGGGUCAAUUCACUUUCUAUUCAUGCCUCUUGAAGUCUGACUGACUUCAUUCCUCAUUUUACAAUUUUCUUUAUACAUUCAUUUGAUUUGAAAAUUAAUGAUACACUAUUUAAUAUUAAAUGUUAUGAAUAUUGGUUUGGGAAAUGUGGAAUACUUGAAGACCAAUUUUUAUUUUAAAAGAUGUUUUCAUUUGAACUAUAGAUAAAGCUCCUCUUUUUUCUAAUAUCAUGUUAUUAUGUUAACUUAGUAUGAAUGGCACUAAAGGCUGCUGCACACUAGAGGAUAAAACCCGAUUCGCCCCUUCCGACAAUUGCGAGGUCAUUCCUGAUUAGAGGCCAGCAGGUGAUGAUUAUCUGCACAAAUAAUCCUCAAGUGUGAGGGGUUUACAAAAUAAUAUUAACGCUAUAGAUUGAGUCGGAGCCUUCCCAAUCUUGAAUCAUUGAAAACAUGUUUGAUAUUUACGAUAAUUGCCACCAACAGAGUUCAUUCAGACAACUCGCGUUCAAACGUUUAUUACAGCAGUAGAACAGGUUUGGUGUUUGCCGUCUAGGCUCCAACUUAAUCACUCCCCCAUAUGAUUACACAGGUAUGAUGGGAGUGAUGAGCAAAUAAUGUACCCCCCCGUCGGAGCCUACAGGUGGA